AUGCGCAAAAGAUUAGGAGCCUUACAUGCAGAUUCUUUGGAAUAAUAUAUUCAAUAAUCUUAAUAUUCUCAAGAACUAUUAUACUAAACUAAAGUAAAUGAGAAAUAGUUUGAUUUAAAGGAGUUCGAAAACACUGAUAAGGAUACAAAUGUAGUAUAUUAAGAAAUGAACCUAUUUAGACAUCAUUUUAAGAGGAACAACAAGAUUAAAAAGAAUAUUUCAAUAUAAACAUUCUUAUAGUUGAUAAUUCAAAUCAAAUAGGUGAGGUUUUUAAAUAUUGUAAUACUCUCAAAUAACCGAAAUCAAAUUAUCAUUUAGAAUAUUGUUCUAAAGUGGAAUAAUCAAAUUCCAAGUAAGUUCACUUUCACUUUUGGAUUAUUAAUCAAGAAUCACCAAAAUACUAGGAAUUAAUAAAUGGUAUAUCUUCAACCAAAUAUUUAGUAUAUUUUACAAUAGCAGAUGCAUAUAUCUAUAUAUAUCAUAAAUAUCUAGAAUUAGAAUUUUAAUUAUUUACAGAGAAGGUAAAAAAGUUGAACAAUAAUCAAAGCAGUAUUAUUUUUAAAGUUGCUAACAGUAAAAGAGUCAGCGUAAAAUAUAAUAAAAUAAUAAUAUUAGAGUAUGAAUAAUCUUUAAGAGAACCAAAUGAUUAUAGAGAUAACAUUAUAAAGUUUAGAUGAAGUAUUAGAAAGAGUAAAAAGUUAAUUUAUUUGA